UAUCAUUUCCGUUUCUAUUUGCAGAGACAGAAAGAAGAAAAAGGAGAGAAUUUCUCUUUCCUUUUUUUAUUUAUACACCAAAAAAGAAAACCACAAUAGAAAAAAAUCAAGAAUCCCCAAAAGGGUCAUAAACUAUUUUGUUUUUCGAAAGAUUUUUCUCUCUGUUUCUGUCUAAAAGAAUUCAUGGCGGAAAAAGGCCAGCCGCUUCCUAAGUUCGGCGAGUGGGAUGUCAAUGACCCAUCGUCAGCUGAGGGAUUCACAGUGAUCUUUAAUAAAGCUCGAAAUGAGAAGAAGACAGGUGGCAAGGUAGACUCACCACCAAAGGGUGACUCUGCAUACAAAAAUAAAUCAAUGCUUGGAAAACCUCAAUCAAAAAAAUGGUUUUGCUGUAUGCAGUCUACUGCUGCUGAAUCAUGAACUUCUCUUAGCUUCUACAUGCUGCACUGGGAAAUGAUGUUAGUUUGGAACCAGACGCGACAAGUGUACUAGAACACUGGAGCUGUAGUCAAGAUGUGACAAGUAAUUUUGCUGUUGUAUUUCGGAAUAUUUACUCAUAAAAUGCUGGCUUUUGCCACCAAAAGAUAUUUAUGAUAUAUAUUUGUUUAUUUUUUUUUCUUAUCUUGACUA